UGAGCAGGCCCACCUCCCUGACUGAUGGAGGUAGCUCCCGUGAUGGCUGCGGAAGAAGAAGAGAGGAUCUGCCAGAGAACAGAGGCAGGUGUGUUUGUGUACAGGACAAUCCGGGCACGAUUGUUUUUGCUCUGCAUUGCAAGUAGGGGGAAUAAUUUGCGAUUGUGGGUUUGAAAGGGCUGUUCCGGAGACAUUUGACAAGCUGACCUUUUCUGGCUGCACAACUGCAGAAGGAAAUCGAUUUAAGAACCAAAGACGACUUUGGAUAUCGUUCAUUGUUGCUGUGGGCUGUGCGUUGCAGUUGUUUGUUCAUGAAAGUAAAUACUUUUGACAAAAGAGGCUUCAUGGGAAGGGCUGUUGAAUUUUGUUCCCGCCGAGAAAAGCGAACGGGGGUGCCUGAAUUGCCAUCAAGAGCUAGACAGACGACAACGGAGCGACGUAUGACCAAAUGCACCUGAAGCUCUUCGUAAGCCAAGGAGAUUUGGAGGGCCCCCCCACUCAAGUUCGAGGGCUCCGCUUUGGCAGUUGAGCAUCGGGCCAGACCUCGCCUCCCCGAACAUGGCCACCCUAACCAGCAGCUCCACUUUGGACCCGUCCACCUCCAGCCCUUCCGCCUCCCUCGCUCUGCCUCUGUUGGACGACAAACCCAAAGCCAAAAACCUCUUCCAGUUGGGCUCCCUCUUCCAUAGCCGGAGCGAACGCUUCGUCAUCGCCCGGAGCGACAGCGUGCCGGAAGAAAACGUCCUGAAGAUCACCAUUACGGAGACCACCGUGAUUGAGUCGGACCUGGGCAUCUGGAGUUCUUACGCUCUCACCUACCUCACUCUCUGGUUCUUCUUCAGCUUCUGCACUCUCUUCCUGAAUAAGUACAUCUUGUCGCUGCUGGAAGGGGAGCCGAGUAUGUUAGGAGCCGUUCAGAUGCUAUCCACCACCUUCAUUGGCUGCAUUAAAAUGUUCGUCCCUUGCUGUCUUUAUCAGCACAAGACACGUCUCUCCUACCCUCCAAAUUUCAUCAUGAUUAUGCUUUUCGUUGGCUUGAUGCGGUUUGCAACUGUGGUUUUGGGACUUGUCAGCUUGAAGAACGUGGCCGUUUCCUUUGCCGAGACUGUGAAGAGCUCAGCACCCAUUUUUACCGUUAUUAUGUCGCGCAUGAUUUUAGGAGAAUACACCGGGCUGUUUGUGAAUCUCUCUCUAGUCCCAGUGAUGGGCGGACUGGCCUUGUGCACCGCGACCGAACUGAGUUUCAACAUCCUCGGCUUCUCGGCGGCCUUGUCGACCAAUAUCAUGGACUGUUUGCAGAACGUUUUCUCCAAAAAGCUGCUGAGCGGGGACAAAUACCGUUUCUCUGCUCCUGAGCUUCAGUUCUACACCAGUGCAGCUGCUGUGAUCAUGCUUAUUCCGGCUUGGGUCUUUUUCAUGGAUAUGCCGGUGAUCGGGAAAAGUGGGCGGAGUUUCCAGUACAACCAGGACAUCGUGGUGUUGCUCCUGAUGGACGGAGUGCUAUUCCACCUCCAGAGUGUCACCGCUUACGCGUUGAUGGGAAAGAUUUCCCCUGUAACUUUCAGUGUGGCCAGCACGGUGAAGCACGCCCUGUCCAUCUGGCUCAGCAUUAUUGUCUUUGGGAACAAGAUCACUAGUCUCUCGGCUGUCGGGACGGUGCUGGUGAUCAUCGGAGUCCUGCUGUAUAACAGAGCCAAGCAGCACCAGCAGGAAAGCCUCCGGAAUCUGGUGGGGACAGCCGCAACCCCCCAACCGUCUCCGGCGAUCAAGGAAGACUCCGAGCCUCUCCUCUCCAAAGACCCCUGUCCGUUUGAAUGAAACCACCGUCCGCAUCUCAGCCGUUCAUUUUGCUACGCGGAAGUUUAGAAGAAGGACAUUGUUUCUCUCUCUCUCUCUCUCUCUCUCUCUCUCAAAGCUCUUGGUGAUUCCCCCACCCCCAAGACCCAUCACGCUCGCAAGCCGGGGCCUGCUAUGAUAAGGAAAACGGGUGUAGAGACCCAGGUGAGAAUCGCGAGCAUCGAAUGGAAGAGUCCUUCCUAAGACUUUUUGUGCUCUGCCGUCCGUUAUAUUCGAAAAGUGUCUUGAAAGACACUUUUGGUCCAUUCAUUCCCCCAGACCGAUGUGAAAUCCAGCCGAGUUUGCCAUUGUCCAAAGGGGAACAAAACCCAGCCGGAUCCCCACGUUGGCCACCACUACAGUGGUCCAAACUCCCAAAGCUGGAGAAGACUCGGCUUCCGGAGUCUCAAAAAUCGCCAAAACGUCCCUUGCUGGGAACAGCAGGAUCUGACAACCACCAGCGUGGGCGCAUGUCACACAUGCAACAGGUCUUCCGUCCUAGGACAUCCUUUGCUAGGUCUGAGUUCCAGAACGUCACUCUCUGGAUGAAACCCUUCUGAAGAUAUUCCGAUGAGAAGUCAUCAGCAAUUUUUGACCCACGGCAGCCUCUUAGCUCGCCUCCAUGCCGACCAAGCUAAAAUUUCAGCUUCCCCUCCCCCCACCCAAGAGUGGACCAUAUUGACUUGGUUUGGGGGGGGGAUAGAGCUGAGAAAUAUUUUUGCACAGAUGGCAAAGAAGAGGCUGCUUUUGAUAUUUCUUUUAUUUUGUUUUCCGUGCCGUUGAGGGCUUGCAAUAAACCCCCCAGCCGACCUUCCAAAUCGGGAUGCCCUGCUAAUAGCAAUCAAGAAGUGAUUUGGGGAAAGGCACACUUAGAAAUGCCUGUUUCUAGCUUCUUCUGAGUUUUAAGACUGGAGACAUCUCGGGAUUGUAAAAACCAGGAGGAAAAAAUGGUGCAUUGCGUAUUGUCCUGGAUCAUGUGCGGUGCGAUGCCUCUUAGCAAUCAAAUUAGCCAAAAAGCUGCUGGAGACGUAAAUUGAGGUUUCACGGAGCCAAGAGUUUUAAAACUCGACGCAUUCGGGAUCGUAAAAACGAGGAGAAAAAAAAAAUUGUGCAUUGCGUAUUGUCCUGGAUCAUGUGGUGUUUAGCAAUCAGAUAACCCCCCCCAAAAAAAAAAAACUGAUGGAGAAGGAAAUGAGAUUUCACAGAGCAAAAGCCUCUCAAAAUAAUGUCUGGAAAUCCCAUUAGGUGUUUUUGGGAAGCUGCCUUUAUGUCAGCUCAUCUCCGUCUAGAUUAGUUUUGCUACUCUGGGACCACUGAGGUAAUUCCCUCCUAGUUAACGACAAAUCCAUCCAGGUCUUUGUGGCUUCGGUAUUGAUAGCCCAGGACUGCUCAUGGGCUGUUAGCAAUUUCGUUGGAAAUAAAAACCACUGAGCCCAUGAACUGAGCAGCUUGACGCUCUGAGCCUAUAUUGAUUGCGCUACAAUCCGUCUGUACGAAACGUGGUCAGAUAUUCAUCGCAGGGGGGGAAAAAUAAUGUUUAUCCUCAGCACGUUAAUAUAUUUUUAAUUUCAGAGUGGGGGGAAAAAAGCCUAUUCCACGUUUCCUGACUUGUCAGCCCGUGGCACCUAAAUUGGCUGCCCCCACUCCGAAUGUUUUUCUCUCGUCCUUCCCACCCCCAACUCAGUUUCGUUAGUCUUUGUGCGGAAAAAAAAUGGGUACCUCCAACAAUGCUUUCUGUUAAACUAUGAGGAGCACUUGGACUUUGGAUGCCGAGUUUCUCAGGCAGAACGGUCUGCCUGCUAUUUGUCUCUCCAAAACGCCGACAUGAUUUUCUCUUGUCCUGGGCAUACUUGAAAGGCAAAACAUUUUUUUUACAGGUGCUUGUGUGUUGGGGCCAAAAUCGUCCGUAUCUCAGAUGCCAAGAUAAGACGGCAAAGAGUUUGGAGACUGGUUUAAGAACGGGGUGUGCUCUUGCUUAUAAGCCACUUGGCAUCAUUCCGACGACCACUUUAAAAUCUUGACUAGAGACCAAUCCUGUGGAUAGCAUUUCAUGACCUGUGUAAGACAACAAAUCAUUUAGAAUUUGCUUGAUGUAGGGAAUUUCUCCCCCCCACUCCAAAAAAAAAAAGAAAAGAAAAUUAAUUCAGGUGUAAUCCUGUAUCUGUUUUCUUCUCAGAAGUUCUGCAUCAAAACAUUAAACGUCACUGAAGGGGCAUCUGUUUUCCUCUUUGGUUUAUAUGAUCGUCAACCUGUGUUGU